GACAGAUUGCAAAUUUAGGGGACACAAAGAAAAGAAAACAGUAAAAGAAGAGAAAAGAAAAGGAAACCGGCAAGACAGCCAGAUUGGAAAUUGGAAACCAGUAACAACCUCCAACUCAGACACAGUCACCACCCUGUCCCCUCCCUCCCCUCCUCCUCGGCCCUCUCUUCGUUCUCCGCGGGAGCCGGCGAGCCGCCGCCGCCCCUCUCUCUCCCCGGCCUCGACCACGCCUCCGCCACGCCAUUCCCACAUGCUCUUCUCCGGCGAGGGCAACAGAGCAGGAUUCUGUGGCAAGGUUGAAUGGCGGUGAGUUAGGGAUACACGAGACUGUGCGGAGCAGGGGUUUCUAAUAAAUUUUGGAAGAGGCGAGCCUUGGCCGAGAUGGAUGUCGUUGUUGAUGUUGCCGAUGCUAUGGGUGCUGUGACCAUAGAGAAUGGGGCGAAGCUGGAGUUGCCUGGCGACGUAGAGGAGCACCGCGAAGAGCACGAUGCACAGGCCAACAGGGAUCAUUCGGGGGAGAGCGAGGUGAUCAACCCGCACGAAGAGGCUGGUGGAGAAGCUACCUCACAUCCAGAAGGGAGGAAGGCUGGCCGUUCUAAGGGAACUGCAAGUCAUGGCCCCAAGGUUGCAAAGACAAGGAGCCCUAAGAGUGGAGAUGAAGGUCUAGCAAGGAGAGGCACUCCUAGUUCCUCGCUUCGUAAGGCACCCAUUGCGCGAGUAUCGCAUGCAGACUCAGGCACUGGCUCCUGUACCAAUGGUGAUUCGAAUGUUGAUAAGAAAAAAUCUGGAAAGAUCGAGUCUCGUCCGGCUGCUAAGGAGACAACAUUGCUUGAGGACACAAAAUCCAGGGAGGGAAGUAAAACUCAAAAGCAAUCAGACCAGCAUUCUUCCAUCAAAAGAGACGAAGAAGAUUUAAAUAGUGAAAGUUCAAAGGCUCGAAGGGCUGGCAGCACUCCUGCCUAUGGAUUCAGUUUCAAGUGUGAUGAGAGAGCUGAAAAAAGAAGAGAGUUCUACUCAAAGCUUGAGGAGAAGAUUCAUGCAAGAGAGAUGGAAAUAAGCAAUAUGCAAGCGAAAUCAAAGGAGACUGAAGAAGCUGAACUCAAAAUGCUGAGAAAAAGCUUAAAGUUCAAGGCAACACCGAUGCCAAGCUUCUCCCCACCACCGAAGGUUGAACUGAAAAAGAUUCCUCCCACUAGAGCUAAAUCACCAAAGCUUGGCCGUUCCAAGAACAAAUGGGGGUUGGAGGCUGAAGAAAGUACCACCCCAAGCCAUCCUAUCCGUAUGAGCCUUGAUGAGAAGGCCUCUCAAAAUGGUGCGAAGAAAGUAACCCCAUCGAACUCGGGGAAGAAGCCCCAGAGGAAGUCACUCCCCAAAUUACCAUCAGAGGCAAGUGGCCCAGUUGAGGCCACACAGCCAAAAAACACAGACCUGAACACAGAUAAUCAUCAGGAGUCAGGGUCACCAACAAAGCAGCUUCAGGAAACCGAGUCAAUUGCCAGCAGCGCCCAGGAGCCGAUCCGAGCUAAAGUCACCCCCGACGACCAAGAACUCGACGAACAGGCAUCCGUGUAGCAAAGACCACGGUGAGCAAAUCCUUCGAUUUUGUGAUGGCAGGUGUGCCUCUCUGGCUAUUUCGCGUAUUGUGUCAUAUUUCUAUUGUGUCAUAUUUCGCUAGCGUAUCUAGUGCCAUGUGUUAUGUAAACCAACGCUCGUCUCUUGUCUUUUUUCUUGGAGUUUAGCAUCUGUUGUACUGCUUCUGUUCAUAAUCGUAAGCGAGGCUCCAGUCGUCGUGUGCAACUGCAAA